UUGCUAAUAUCUUAUAUAAAUUGCCUAUGGAUACGGUUUAGUCACAAAAAUAUUAAUUUGAAUUAAACAUAGAGUGACCCAUUUGAAUCAAAUAAGAAAUGGAACAAUGAAAUUCUAAGCUGCUGAACUUGUUGGCAUUAAAUCCGGUCAGCGGCCCAGAUGUCAAUAUGUACGCCGUAUACCGAUCAACUGAAUACCCAAUUCCAGUAAUAAUGAGCGCAGACUAUUUAAAUUACGAUGACGUCAGUGACAUUGACGUGAAUUCGCUACCAUUGAAGCCACCACAAGCUUUGAUUCCUCCCGAGAAGGCAAUCCGGCGGACGUGGCAUCCAGUAAUGUGGGAUGAUGGCAGCCAACCAGGAGACCAGCCGAUAGGAGAAGCACACCCACCAUCCAAAGAGUUCCCUCACAAGAAACAAAUCCGUAACAUUAGACGUCUCAUUGCUGAAGGAAAAGUCAAACCUACGUCUGAAACUCUUAUUUUCUUCCUUUGUAAUAAAUUUGCUAUCUCAGAAGAAAGACAAGCGAGGAUGAGAGACUCUUAAAUAUAAAUUUAAUUAACGUUUAAAAUGUAUAAAAUACCUAGUUAGGACUAUUAUACCAUGUUGUAUGAAAAUGGUGAUAUAAAAUUACAUAUGUAUCUUUAGAUAUAAAGUUCGUGAAAAUCAUUCAUUUAUAAAUGAAUUAUAUUUUUGGAAAGUGA